AGUUGAUCUCCAAAUUAAUUCUUGUGUAACCUGGAAAACGGAAGGUGGGGAGAAAUGGCGGUGAGAGAGAAAGCGCUGCCAACAUUGAUGCGAGCUAUGAGGAAGACAAACAUGCCUUCGAAUCAACGGUUGCCUUCAUUGAGAAGAGCAUUCUCUCUAUACGAUCAAAUCAAUCUUAUCGAUAACGUUCCUGAAGAUCAAUUACGCUUCCAACAGGUUACUGAUACCGGUUUCAAAGUUAGUGGGGUACAUUAUGAAGGUAGCUUGCUUUGUGUUGGGAACUUGCUAAUGUCUUGGCAUCCCAAGAAACUUUCGGAGGUUACUUCAGAAAGCUUAUCUAUCUUCCAGACUGUGCGACCAGUUCCAGAGAUUCUGCUUCUUGGCUGUGGGAGGUACAUUCAACCGGUAAAUCCUGAGCUUCGUGCCUUUAUUCGUUCUACUGGAAUGAAAUUGGAAGCAAUUGAUUCUAGAAAUGCUGCGUCAACUUACAAUAUUCUAAACGAAGAAGGGAGGAUUGUGGCUGCUGCCCUUCUCCCAUAUGGAGUAGAAUCAUAAGCCUCUCAUGUAUAUGUGUCUUUCUUUAACAAGUCAUGAUCUGAUUAAUCAUCCGAGCAAAUCACUUUGCUUUUACUGGAAAUCAAAAUGAAGGAAAAUACUCUGCCGAUCACUUCAUACCAAGUUUGACAUGACGACUCUGUUUAAGAUUAGAUCAAAUGAGAUAAGAACUUUGCAUUACGUGUUAAUGGCGUGUUAGGAGCUUCUGGGUUUCAUGGAUUAGACUAAUCCAUAAUGCUCGUCUUUAGGAGAUUUUGUAAUUCUAAUAAUAUAAACACAGGAAAGAGGACUGUUGUUUCCCGUUGUAAAAGCUUUGAGGCUCCUCCGUUGUGCAAAAAGAGACUACAUUUAUCAGAUUCAGUUCUCUUUUGCUAA